AUGGGUGGACGAUCCUCAAGCCCUUUGGACAAGCAGCAGCAGCAGUAUCUGAGGGGUCAGGUGGACGCUCUGCUGAGGAACUUCUUGCCAUGUUACCGCAAACAACUGGCGGCCUCGGUCCUGCAGCAGAUCUCCCGAGAGCUGGGCCCCCAGGAGCCCGCAGGGCGCCAGCUGAUACGCAGUAAGAAGCUGCCCCGCGUCCGCGAGCACCGAGGCCCCCUGACCCAGCUGCGGGGCCGUCCACCGCGGUGGCAGCGGAGUUUCUGCGUCCUGCGUGGCGACGGCCGCCUGGAGUGGUUCAGCCGCCAGGAGGAAUUUGAAAGUGGGGGCAAGCCCCUCGGCUCCACGACGCUGACGGGGUACACCAUCCUGACCUCACAGCAAGAGUAUCUCCAUCUGUUGGAUGCUCACUGCCCAGACUCUAUGGGGCACUCAGACCAUGCACCAGAAGAGCCCGACCCCCUCCUGGACAUGCCUGAGAGUUUCCCCCUCUUCCUGCAGCACCCUUUUCGCCAGCAUCUCUGUUUCUCAGCAGCCACGAGGGAGGCACAGCGUGCCUGGAAACUGGCCCUCCAGGGAGGCAUCCGGCUUAGGGACACUGUUCUGCAGCGCAGCCCGGCCCUGGCUGCUCGGGCCUUCCUGGACGCCGUGCGGCUCUACCGGCAGCACCAAGGCCACUUUGGCUACGACGACGUGACCCUGGGCUCAGACGCCGAGGUGCUGACCGAGUUGCUGAUGAGGGAGCUGCUGCCCUCUCUGCGCGCCCAGACCCUGUCCGGCCUGCGGGGGACCGGCCGCGCCCGCGCUUGGGCCUGGACUGAGCUCCUGGAUGCCAUCCAUGCUGCCAUCCUGGCCGGGAUCUCCGCCGAACUUCGUGCUUUCCAACCCGAAAAGGACGAGCUCCUGGCCACCCUGGAAAGGACCAUUCGUCCAGAGGUGGACCAGACCCUGCGGCUGAGAGCUAGAGUGGCAGGAAGGCUGCGGGCUGAUGUCCAGGGACCCCUGGAAUCGUGCCUGAGACGCGAAGUGGGAGCACAGCUGACCCGGGUCACGCAGAUACUGCUGAGCACCAUGGGGGCUGCACUGACGGCGGUGCGGACCCUCCUUGUGCAGGGAAUGGACCGCUUGUUUCGACACCUGCGUGGGAGCCCCUCUGGCGCGCGGCUGCGCAGAGAGGUCUACUCAUUCGGGGAGAUGCCGUGGGACCCAGAGCUGAUGCACAGGAGCUACCGUGAGGCUGAGCGGAACCAGGAACUCCUGCAACAGCUGACCAAGCCCUUUGGCUUCCUCGGGACCAGGAGCCUGGUGUUUAGGGUCCAGGAUCUUACGCAGCAGCUCAUGGCUGAUGCUGCGGCCACCUUCCUGCAGCUGGCUGACCAGUGUCUGACGGCUGCCCUGGACUGCCAGCAGGCGGCUGAGCAGCUGGAGAAAGUCAGGGGGCGAGUACUGAAGAAGUUCGAGUCUGAUGGCAGCUCUGUGCAGACGCAGUUCAUGCGAGAGUGGCUGGAGCACAUCUUCCUGCCCUUUGUGCUGGGCCAGCUGGAGCUGAGCCGCAAAUGGGAGCUGCCUGAGGACGAGAGGGACAUCCUUGCCAGUUGUGGCCAGGCCCUGACUGUUGAGGGCAUCUAUGAGGAUGUGGUCCGAGGGAUCCUGUUGCAAACAGUUGACCGAGAACUGAAAAGGGCAUUUGGUGCAAAUGAAGUGUCCUGCACUCCGGAUGGCUUCCUAGACGCCCCAUGAAACCAGGAGGGAGCAGAUGAGGAAACUGAGGCUCAGAGAAGGGGAGCCACUUGCCCUAGAACACCAGGCACCAGUACUGAAGUCCAGCAAUCACUCUGCCCACUGCCUCCUGAAAGAACAUUCCAGAGUUAA